AUUGAAACGGGAAGUCUGCUUUGCGAAGGCCGUAACAACAUGGACGUCUGUGGGAGCAUCUGACAACGCACGCCGAUCGUAUUUUACUGUUCACUCUCUGUCAGAGCUUUCCUUUUCACUGAUAUGAAGACGGUCGGAGUUUUAAAUAACUUAUCUAUUGAUUAACUGAUGAAUUACGACAUUUUAUUGUUUCUGCCCGGAUAUCUUAUCAACACCAGUUAGAAUUUGUUGCAGUUGUGAUAUACGCAAGGGGCUGGCAAUAUUUUUUUUCCCCCACAUAUAUAUAUCUAUAUAUAUUGUGUAAUUGCGCCGCCCUCGGAGAAGGAAACAAACUGGGAGGCCUGCACAAUUUAAUGGUAUAACUGUCAUCAGAAGGUUUGUUAAGUUAGCCAAGUGAAACUCUUACAAUGUUUCACCAAGGACAUUCUCACGCGUUAGCCCCUAUCUUGGCUAAAAAACUUCUGGACACCUUACAAACGGAUCUUCGGCAGUUGUCUUCUGAGGCCAAAAGAAAAUUCCCCAGUGUUAAAGAGCAUUCUGAAACUGCUCUCCUUAAAGUUCGAACCAUUGUCAAUCGGAAUGAAAAUGAAAUCAUCCCAGGUUUACAAUCUGUCAGUACAGAUUUGGUGCGGCCAUUUAUUAUGGGAUGUGAAACAAAGCAUUCAAAGCUAGUACAGAUUGGAUUGUCUUCUAUACAAAAACUAAUUUCUCAUGAGGUUGUCGCUCAGGCCCUUGUGUUGUGUUUCCGACUACAUUUCACCAAAGACAGUACAACCAUAAAUACUGCUGCAGCCACCAUCAAACAACUGGUCAACGUUGUGUUUGAAAGAGUGGUCAUUGAGGAUAACCAGUCUACCAAAGAAGUUAAUGGCAAUAUAGCUUUUGAAGAUUUGAAGAUAGGUAGUAAAACACCUCCCAAAUCUUUGCAGCCAUGUGCAGGAGACGCCUACUUGCUCUUUCAGGAUCUGUGCCAACUUGUGAAUGCUGAUCAACCCUACUGGCUCGUUGGAAUGACAGAAAUGACCCGCACAUUUGGGUUGGAACUUCUCGAAUCGGUCCUCACUACAUUCUCAAAUAUCUUCUUACACCAUCCAGAGUUCAGUUUUAUGUUAAAAGAGCGUGUAUGUCCAUUGGUAAUCAAGCUGUUCUCACCGAGUCUCAAGUACAGACAGGGAGUGCCUCCACCGCCAUCACCUGCUCCUGUAGAAAAGCCUUUUUUCCCCAUUGUAAUGAGACUUCUUCGGAUUGUCUCUGUCCUUAUAAAAUAUUACUACCAACUUCUGGUAACUGAGUGUGAGAUCUUCCUGUCGUUACUUGUGAAAUUUCUUGAGCCAGAAAAAUCGAGCUGGCAAAGAUGCCUCACCCUCGAGGUUUUGCAUAAACUGACUGUUCAACCGGGAUUAUUAAGAUCGUUUUGCGAAAGUUAUGAUAUGAAGCCCCAUUCGACAAAGAUUUUCCGUGAUUUAGUCAAUGCUAUUGGUUCUUUCAUACAGUCAAUGUUCCUAACUAACAUUAGUGGAUAUGGAUAUAAUUCACAUGGUGUUUCCAAGGGCCAGGACAUGCAGGGAACACCCCCAGCACUAGUGGGGGGUCUGCCUGUAGGGAGUGGUGUCUCUCCACAGCCAGCUUUCAUGUACCGUGGCAUCUGGAUUCCGUUUAUCCUUACCAUACCCCAGGGACAGACCAAAUCAGUAUUUUUAGAGAUGCUUGAUAAGAUUGAACCGCCACCGAUAUCUGAAGGCUAUGGGCUGUCUCUCGCAUUCCAUUGCUUAAUGGAAAUCGUGAAAAGUGUGCAGUUUCUGAUCGAAGGAGCUGAAGCUGAUGAUGGGAAAGAAGAAAUGGUUGAAUGUAAGAAAGCCCCGGCUAAUGCUGUGGAAGGUAAGAAGAAAAGGGAGAGAAGGAGAGAGAGAGAGAGAGGGGGAGAGAGGUACAGUACUGAUGAGAGUGCAACUGAAUCCAUAUUAAAGUCACAACAGAUAUACGCAAGUCUUUGCGGAAAGAUGUCCCUUAAUACAGCCAGGGAUGCAUUCAUCACAGCACUUUGUAAAGCAUCGUUACCUCCACAUUAUGCCCUGACGAUACUCAAUACGAACCCGUCUGCUGGGGAUUCAAAUACUGCUGCUUCGCCACCCAAAGUUAACAAGAAUGCAAACCAAGAUGCUCAGUCAGUGGGAAUGGAAGCCGUUGAAAGAAGUCAAGUGGUUGUUGUGGGUACUGCGCUACCUACUGCAUCUUUACCUGUCGGUGCUCAUGUUGGUCCUGUCAUGUUGACAGCAAAGAACAUCCAGUGUAUGCGAGCUCUCCUCAGUGUGGCUCACUGUCAUGGUGGCAUUUUGGGAACAGCUUGGCAUCUUGUCCUUACAACCCUACAGCAUUUAGUAUGGAUUCUGGGGUUAAAACCUUCAACUGGUGGCAGUUUAAAAGCUGGACAGCAGAUCAAUGAUGUUUCGAAUGCUGUUAUCACAACAGCUAUCAUGGCAGAUUUACCUGUUCUUUCAGCCAUGUUGUCAAGACUCUUUGAAAGUUCACAGUACCUUGAUGAUGUUGCGUUACACCAUCUCAUUGAUGCCUUAUGCAAACUCUCUUCUGAAUCAAUGGAAUUAGCUUAUUCAAACAGGGAACCCUCCCUGUUUGCUGUAGCUAAACUUCUUGAGACAGGACUUGUCAAUUUAUCCAGAGUUGAAGUUUUAUGGAAGCCAGUGACUGCUCAUCUUUUAGAGGUGUGUCAACACACGCAUGCAGGUAUGAGGAGCUGGGGAGCUGAAGCUAUAACAUCUUUAGUAAAAGCAGCACUAAAUCACGCCUAUGAUCCAUCUUUGCAUAGCAACUUGAAACUGCAGGCUGCAAUUCUUGCACCACUCCAGAAGUUGUCAUCCAUUACUCAUGCUGACAUUCGACAAAAGCAGUUGGACUGUGUCUUCCAGAUUUUGCAUAGUAAUGGAGAUACAUUGCUCCAUGGGUGGCCAUUGGUGUUAGGGGUAAUUGGAGCUCUUAAUAACGAUCAAAGUGAAAAAUUAAUCCAGAAUGCCUUUCAAAGUUUACAGCUGGUUGUAACUGAUUUCUUGCCUAUUAUUCCCUGCAAAUACUUGUUGGUUUGUGUUGAAGUGGCCUCGAAAUUUGGUCUUCAAAACCAGGAGUUGAACGUCAGUCUAACUGCAAUUGGUCUUUUAUGGAACAUUGCUGACUAUUUCUACCAGAACCGUAAUAAGAUCCAGCAGGAGUUGGGCGGAGACUCUGGACAAUCAGAGGACCAGCCUAAUGCUGCUAUGCUACCAUUUGAUAGUCUAUGGAUGUGUCUCUUCUCUAAGCUUGGUGAACUGUGUGUUGACCAACGGCCAGCUACAAGAAAAAGCGCUGGACAAACAUUAUUUUCAACCCUUUCUGCUCAUGGCAGUUUGCUUCAGAAAGAUACAUGGAAAAAAGUACUUUGGCAAGUUCUCUUCCCUUUGUUGGGAGAUGUACAGAAACUUUCCAGUCGAGCGUCCACAUGCAAGGAGGAGUCAUCUACUGGUAAUAUCUUGAUCCACCACUCGCGAGAUACCGCAGAAAAGCAGUGGGCUGAAACACGGGUCCUUACUUUAGCUGGAGUAGCACGCACCUUUAACUCAAAGCGAUCGAUUUUGCAAACAAUAGGUGAUUUUCCUCGUGCUUGGUCUCUUCUUCUGGAACACAUUGAAUAUUCGGCUCUUUGUCCGAACGCAGAGGUAUCUCUCGCUGCUCUGAAGAGUUUUCAAGAAAUCAUGCAAAUCAGCCGCGAUUCGAAAGAGAAAACUGAGGACACUCGCAGUGGACGUGGCAAUGUGAUACCCCCCAGCGAAGAGGUGAUGUGCCGAUCCGAAGACGAGACUCUCACUGCUUCCAAACUAUCUCAAAACGAAGGAUCAAAAAGUGAUAAUGACCUAACUCUUUGGUCAACUGCCUGGCGUGUGUGGCUGAAUAUUGGAACAUUAUCUACAAAGGCACCGUCUGGCAAAAGCCAGAAGCUGUAUAUUCCUUCGCAGUCCUUUCUCACGGCUCUUGUCCACACAUUUCCAUCUUUGUUCCACCAUAUUAAAUCUCGUUUUGUGGCUGCUGAUCUGCAAAAGCUCUCAACUGUUCUACGCAGUGCUUUGUCAGUACCAGUCCAUGGUGACUUUUCCCCUUUCAUUAUACCAACAUACCCAGAAUUAACGAUUACCCCUUUGCAAGAAUCAACUCUCAAUGCCGUCCAAGUUCUAAUUAAGGCAAUAAAAACCGGCUCAGAUACGAUGCAGAACAUGUAUCCCGAUCUGUUUGAUCAGCUUCUUAUUUAUAUUGAAUAUGGUGUAAGACCCCCAAAAUAUGGAGACAUUGAAACUAAAAAUUUCGGAUCUGUUAAAGGCCCUCAAGUUGACUGGAUAACAAUGAAUUUUGUACCAUUUUCUGAGAAGACUAUUGAAAUGGUCAUCGAAUUAUAUCGGAACACUGCCAAACACCCUGCUGUCAUACAAGCCCAUGUUCUUCAACAUAUAAUAAAGGCAUUCAGAUUACCUCUUGGACUAAAGUAUGGCUGCCCAUCACCAACUACUUGGAUGUUGUCUAUAAAUGCUCUCCUUACAAUUCUUAACAUUGGUUUACCAGUUGCUAGAAAACACGAAGCUGACUUUCAAGACAUGUGGCCAGAGUUGGCAUUAACUCUUGAAGAUUUCCUUUUCUCGAAAAACCCCUCUCUUCCUACUCUGUCAAUAGAAGAUUUCCAAAGAGAUGAGACGGUGGACUGCAAGGUUGUUCAAGUCAUUAGAGACGAUGUUCUUCCAUUUGCUGGAACAAUGCCCAAAGAUUUUGUCAUGAAAAUCAUGGAUAUUCUUAAUAAAGGUUCCAUUCACUCAGCUACUUCUGAUUCCUUUAUCGAUACUGAAUCCAGUCGCAAACUCAGGGAGGAGUUUGCGAAAGCUUGCUUUGAAACUCUGCUGCAGUUUUCUUUCAUUACUCGCACUGCUAACGAAGGCUCACUAACGAAGAUGGCCGUACAGUCCCUGUUGCAACGAUGUCAAGAAGUCGUGAAAAACUAUGUUGAAGAUGAACGUCUCAGUGGAAAGUGUCCUUUACCAAGACCCCGUUUAGCUGAAAUUGCUUCUGUUCUGAAGGCCAUAACGACUUUGCUAUUAAGUCUAAAGAAAGCUUCCCCAAACAAUGUGGAACCCAGUGUCUGGCAGCAAGUGAUUCAGCUUUAUCCUUCCCUUGUGGAAUGCACCACCUCUUCUUCACCACAAGUGUGCAAAGCCCUCAAAGAGGCCCUUCAUGAAUACAAAGACCUAUUAUCAUCACCAGGCCAUCAAAACGUACCCUGUUGAUAUGCUAUUGUGUGUGUAUACAUUGCUGAAGUAAGCAAACAAACAAGCAAGCAAGCAAGCAAGCAGCACAUCUGAGUCUGCAUCAGUUAUGGAAAUAAACUAAAAAAAAAUAAACUAGAAUAAAAAUAAAAAUAAAAUCUGGUACCAUGAAUGGUAUAUUGUAAACAUAGUUGAAUCAAUGAUUAAUGAACAAAAAAAGCCUGUUGAUUGUUAAGAGUAGACAAAACUGAUGUGGGUAAAUGCAUCAGGAAAUAAAGGGAUUAACUGUAUUGAUUGCAUGGGAUUUGCAUACAGAUAUACGAAA